AUGAUGAGGCCCAGACCCUUCGGUUCCGGUGUGGCGUCGGCGGCCGCGGCCGAGGCUUCGGUGGGCGCGGGGUGCCGCGGAGGCUGGGCGUGGAGGCCGAGGCCGAGGGCGCGGCCGGGGCAGCGCGUGAGGGUCAGGGGGGAGCCUGGCCCCCACGCGGCCGCGGCGGCGGCGGCGAGCGCCGUGCACGCGGAGCCCGACCACGGCGUGCGGUCCCGCCCGUUUGGGCUGCCCCGCGCGGGAUUCGGGUCGGACCUGGAGGCGGGCAUCGAGAAGGUCAUCUACGCUUGCCGCUUCAUGGCCUUCCUCGGCAUCGCCGGAUCUCUCGCCGGAUCGGUCCUCUGCUUCCUCAAGGGCUGCACUUUUGUGAUGGACGCCUUCGUGGAAUACUACUUGCGCGGUGAUGCAAAGGUGGUGCUCAUGCUGAUUGAAGCCAUUGAUAUGUAUCUCAUCGGCACGGUCAUGUUUGUCUUCGGGACGGGCCUGUACGAGCUGUUCAUCAGUAACAUGGACAUCGCAAAACAGUCCCAUGACCGCUCCAGCCUCUUUGGCUUGUUCAAGCUUCCGGAACGGCCCAAGUGGCUGGAAAUCCGCUCGGUGAGUGACCUCAAGACAAAGCUGGGUCAUGUAAUCGUCCUGGUUCUGCUGGUUGGCAUCUCCGAGAAGAGCAAGAGGGUGACCAUCACGUCGUGUACUGACCUCUUCUGCUUCGCUGGAUCUAUCUUCCUCUCUUCAGGUUGCCUCUACCUACUAUCCAAGCUCGGUAGCACCAAAGGAGGGAGUCAUGCCUGA